AUUUUUUUUGACGGGGGGUGCGGAAUUGGAGUAAGAGGAAAAAGUACGGAGAGAUUUGCCCUAAGGCUAGGAGAGAGGAGAAGGUAAGCUGCUGGAUAUAAAAGAGGACGGCUACGGCUAAACGACGUUUUACCCUCCGUUUUAAGUGGAGCACCUUCAUAGAAGAGAAUCGGGCGUUAUGUGGCCGGGGCGACUGCUGACUUGUGCCCUGCGAAUCGCCGCUGUGCUGUCGCUGUCGGUCGUGGCUGCAGAGGGCGCUGCGGGAGACAGCGACCCUGACAAACAAGUCCAGUCGCGACCAAGCAGGACGAAGAGGAAAGGCGGAAGUCAAGAUGUUUUGAAGGGACCCAAUGUCUGUGGAUCUCGUUUCAAUGCCUACUGCUGUCCAGGAUGGAAGACCCUCUUGGGUGGAAACCAGUGCAUUGUCCCGAUUUGCCGCAGCUCCUGCGGGGAUGGGUUUUGCUCCAGACCUAACAUGUGCACCUGCCCAAAUGGACAGAUUGCACCCUCUUGCGGUUCAAAAUCAGGUGCGUUGCUGAGACACAGACCCAUGCCAUCAAACACCAUGCACUUUCUUUUACUGUUUGACUACUGGGUGUUGAACAAUGUGCCUGACAUCCAUGUCAUUUCCUCUGUGCACAUCUGUAGCCAAGCACUUCUAAACCAGAGUCAGCCUCCCUGUGCAUCUCUGUGUGCACUGCUUUCCACACAGAAGGGCUUUUCUUUAGGCUGCAGCAUUACCUCUCACAUGGGAGGGCUAUUAGAUCAGCCUAUAGUUUGA